AUGGCCUCUCUCGUAUCCCCCACCGCCACCGCCACCGCGCUUCAAUUCCGCCGCUCAAACCACAGCUUGAUCUGGUCCGUGAGCAGGAGGAAUUUCGCCAUCAAAUGCAAUGCGCUCUUCAACGACAAUCUCUUCAUCGACAGUUCCCUCCAUUUGGAGCAGUCCCUCUCCCAAUUCCAGCAGCUCCCCGAAGUCGAGAAAUGGGGCUUACUGGUUUUCGCCGGCGUUUCCUGGAUUUACUUGACUGCGAGGCCCGGCGUUCUCAUCGGAGCCAUCGACGCCUACAUUUUAGCUCCCCUGCAAGUGGGGCUCGACACGUUGACUGGGCGGCGGAGCUUGAAGAGGACCGAUUUCCUCGUCGGCGAUAGAGUCGGCGAGGGCUCGUUCGGGAUCGUCUAUUCCGGAGUAGUCGUGCCCAAAAAUAUGAAUGUCGAUGAGAAUCUCCGGAGCAAAUCAAGCCGGAACCGGAUCGAUCAAAGGUUCAAAGACAAGGUUAUCCUCAAAAAGGUCAAAAUUGGGGUACAAGGGGCGGUGGAGUGUGGGGAGUUUGAAGAGUGGUUUAAUUACCGGCUAUCGCGAGCUGCGCCGGAGACGUGUGCGGAAUUUCUCGGCAGCUUCGUAGCAGAUAAAACCAACACUCUUUUCACAAAGGGUGAGAAAUGGCUUGUCUGGAAAUACGAGGGAGAUUUAGACCUAGGAGAUUACAUGAAGGAUCGAAGCUUUCCUUUGAAUUUAGAGUCUGUGAUGUUUGGGCGUGUUCUACAAGGGCUCGAAUCCAUGGAGCGUAACGCCUUGAUAAUCAAGCAAGUAAUGCGUCAGAUUAUAACAUCCUUGAAGAAGAUUCACAGCACAGGAAUAGUUCACCGUGAUGUGAAGCCCUCAAACUUGGUAGUGACGAAGAAGGGGCAGAUCAAGCUGAUCGACUUUGGCGCAGCCACGGACCUCCGCAUAGGGAAGAACUACGUCCCCAACCGCGGCUUGCUCGACCCGGACUACUGCCCGCCCGAGCUCUACGUUAUGCCCGAGGAAACUCCGGUCCCUCCGCCGGAGCCCAUUGCAGCCCUUCUAUCCCCAAUCUUAUGGCAGGUGAAUAGUCCUGAUCUUUUCGACAUGUAUUCCGCGGGGAUAGUGCUGCUGCAGAUGGCGACGCCGGGGCUGAGGUCGACGGCGGGGCUGAAGAAUUUCAACAAUGAGUUGAAGGGGGUUGGUUAUGAUCUGAAUAAGUGGAGGGAGAGGACUCGGAUGAGAGCUGAUCUGAGCAUUCUUGAUCUUGAUUCAGGUAGGGGAUGGGAUUUGGCGACCAAGCUUGUCUCGGAGAGGGGGUUGUUGAAGAGGGGGCGUUUGUCGGCGGCGGCGGCUCUCAGACAUCCUUAUUUUUUGUUGGGUGCUGAUCGAGCUGCGGCUGUUCUCUCCAAAAUCAACUUCAUCAACCAAUAGCUAAUGACAACCUUGUUUUGAGAAGCAUUUUUUUUUCUUCCCUAUACUUUCCUUCUUGCUUUGGUAUCUCUAGAGUCUAUACAAUGAACUUUUGUAAAUUUGUAAUUCUUCUAGUUAAGGUAAGCUCUUCAUUUCAGUAUAAA